CACCCGCGCAGUCCCGCCAGGGCCUUCCUCUGCCUCCUCCCCAACCCCGAGUCCCCCACAGACUCAAGCCUGGACCAAGGUGUCCAUCAGUCCUCUGAGCCAGUGGGGACUGGGUAGGGGAUCCUUCCUGGGUCACUGGGGCAGCGACUGCAGGAGUGGUGGAGCAGGGGCGUCAGGGCUGCGGAGUAGGGAGGGAGCAGGUGGGGCCGUUCGCGGGCCCAGGCCCCCGCCGCGCUAAUGGCCAGAAAGCCUCGCGAGGAGAACGCAGAGUGCUCAGGGCUGGGUGACCGCUGGGGCAGGGGCGGAGGUGGACGUUGUCCUAGUCCCUAUGCCAGACGCCCACUGUGCGUUCCCUGCCGCCAUCCUCCGCCUCCAGGCACUGCUUGCCUAUUGAGCUUUCCGUUUAUUCCCUUAAAGAGGUGGAAUUGAUUUUCUACGCAAAGCUUGAGCUGUUGGAAUAAGUUGGCGCCGAGGGUAACAGGAGAGAAACUUCUGGCAUUGACUAUAUGUGUGUAUAUAUGUAUAUAAAUAUACUUCACACCUCACCUCCCCUUACAUUCCUGACGCGCCCCCAACGGGUCCAAGGUUAAAAGGAAAGCGCCAACAGACACGGGCAAAUAGAUCUCGGAUUUGCUCCCAACACACCCCGAUGUGCUGGGUGUGUCAGGAAGGAGGAGAGGAGGGGGCCCUGGUUGGGGUCUGGGUUGGCGUUAAAGCGGGGAUGCAGGACCCGCGCCCGGCGCCCAGAUUGCAAGGGUCUCUCGCCGGCUUCAGCUCACGGGCGGAUCUCUGCGUCCCGUCCCUGUCCUCUCGUCCUGCCAGUGUCCGCGGAUCUCUUCUCCCUUGGGCUGCAGGCUGGUCAGCGAGCACAGUGCUUCUGGGGUCUGGGCAGGGUGGGGUACAGCCAGGGGAGGAGAUGAGGAGAGGCCUUGAGUGAAGAUUGAUCUUCGUUAAAAUGGUUGCCAUCGGCGUCAUUAUGACUAUCAAACUUAUCGCCAAGAGGCUCAGCCGCCAAACUCAGGCCUCAAGGAGCUUCGGCAAGGCUGGUUGGCGACUCUCCACGCUCGGAUUCAGCGCUGGGAAUACCUGUGGCCACAGGAGAGCAUCCACGCUGAAGCGAAGAAGUAGGGAGGAAGAGAACUCGGUGUCCUAUUUGCACCCGGGCAGCGAAAGCACCGUCUCCUCCGAAAUCGCCUCCGUCACCGAGAGCCGUAAGAAGCCAGGCCAUUAUUCAGAGGCAGCCGCCGAGGCCGACAUGAGCAGCGACGUGGAGGUGGGCUGCUCAGCGCUGCGCUCCCCCGGCGGCCUCGGGGCUACGCCGCUCAAGGAAAACAAUGGCAAAGGGUACGCAGAGAGCGGCUCGGCCGCGGGCACCACGACGUCGGCGUCGGGCUCAGGCCUCGGCAGCCUUCAUGGAGGCGGCGGCGGCAGCGGCGGGGGCGCGGCGCUGGGUAGCUCCGGCUCCGGCGCGGAUCAGGUGCGGCGCUACCGUACGGCGUUCACCCGCGAGCAGAUCGCGCGCCUGGAGAAGGAGUUCUACCGGGAGAACUAUGUGUCCCGGCCCCGCCGGUGCGAGCUGGCCGCGGCGCUCAACCUGCCCGAAACCACCAUCAAGGUAUGGUUCCAGAACCGGCGCAUGAAGGACAAGAGGCAACGCCUGGCCAUGUCGUGGCCGCACCCGGCCGACCCCAGCUUCUACACCUACAUGAUGACGCACGCGGCUGCCACCGGAAGCCUGCCCUACCCCUUCCACUCGCACGUGCCACUGCACUACUACCCGCACGUGGGCGUCACGGCGGCGGCGGCAGCCGCUGCAGCCUCUGGCGCGGCAGCGGCGGCAUCGUCGCCCUUCGCCACUUCCAUCCGUCCGCUGGAUACCUUCCGCGCCCUCUCGCACCCCUACUCGCGGCCGGAGCUGCUGUGCAGCUUCCGCCACCCGGGCCUCUACCAGGCGCCCGCGGCCGCCGCGGGGCUCAACAGCGCGGCCUCGGCUGCAGCGGCCGCAGCAGCUGCAGCGGCUGCAGCCUCUUCGGCGGCGGCAGCCGGGGCGCCCCCCAGCGGCGGCUCCGCACCCUGCUCGUGCCUCAGUUGCCACAGCAGUCAGUCGGCGGCAGCAGCCGCAGCAGCCGCAGCUGCAGCCCUGGGCUCCCGGGGCGGCGGCGGGGGCGGCGGCGGAGGCGGCGGCGGCAGCGGCGCAGGGGCCACGGGCGGUUCAGACUUUGGCUGCAGCGCCGCGGCACCGCGCUCAGAGAGCGGCUUCCUGCCUUACUCGGCUGCCGUGCUUAGUAAAACCGCCGUGAGCCCGCCAGACCAGAGGGACGAGGCUCCCCUCACCAGAUAACUACGUCGCCACCGCCAGGGGCCGCGCCUGCGUGUGCCCGGGAGUCCCCUGUGCGCCCCCUGCGCCCCCUGCGCCCUCUGCGCGCUGCCCGCUGCUACCGCUGCCGCCAGGGGGCGCCCCGGGGCGCGGGAGGCUGAAAGGAAACUGCCCUGAAUGGGGGGGGGGGAAGCCGGCGCGAAAGCCUGGCGGGCGUCCCCCCAAAUUAUUUCUAUUUUUGUAUUUGCAACCCAGCCAUCUCUCCUGCUCUUCCCCCUCUGUCUCCCGCCGCCCAGGCCCCACUUUCCUCCUCUGUGCUGAGCUCUUGGUCUCCCCGAGGACAAUGUCCCUCACUCCCAAACCAGUCCUCUGGGGUCUCUAGCCCUGGCUGUGCGCUUUCAGGCCCAGGUCACACGACUGAACCGCGUGGCCAGAAGCAGCGGAGAACCACAACAAAGAGAGGGGAACGGUGUGCGCCGGUGCUUGGGGGAGGGGGAGGAGUCACUCCGGAGGUUGCUGCUGCUGCUUUUUUACUUCUAUCCUUCCUUUCUAUUCUUUAAACGAGGGUGGGAGGAGGUGGCAAAUUUUCUCUUGGCCUGAGCUUGUUAGGGGCCCUGCCUGUGGAAAGCGUGAAGGCCGGGAGGGCGAAUGGAGAGCGCAGGCAGCAGCGGGAGCGUUUGUGAGAUUGUUUGCUGCGUUCAGGCGCAAGGCGGGGAGGGCUGUGGCCGCCUUUCCCGAGAAGGACAAAGCCGAGGUGGGAAUGGUUGGCCAUCGCGCCUACUCCUGCUCGAUCCAACCGUUCUCUCUUUGAGUUUUUGGUUUCAGUGCUGAUGGAAUGGAAGUGUCUUGCAUAUUUUAUGCAAAAAGUGAUGGCUUAUAAGUUUGACCCAGCCAGGCCAAGGAAAAGAAGGGAACCGAAGGGAAAGGGAAGGCGGGUGGGGAGGGCAAGAUAGAUCGCUGUAGUAUUUGGAGAGGCGUUUUCAGCUCAGUGUUCCAACUACCGGGUUCCACUCGAUCUGGGAAAUACUUGAAUCUCUAGAUACAUGAUAUUAUUCUGAAGCAUUUCCUUAGACACUUUUCUAAGUUCGAACUCUAUUCCCCUCGCCCCCUUCUCUCCUUGCUUUCCUUUUCCCCGGGUGAAAUGGUUCUUGGCAUAUUUCUCAUGCAUGUGUAUUGCGCCUUCGCCUCUGCAAAGCCACCGCUGGGUUGCUGAGACCCGCUCUGCCAACCUGGCUACUGGAGGGGUUUCCUUGAACUUGAAGAAAGGUACAUCAAAACCCACCAGUGUUAACUGCCACGUCAAUUUUGAUGCUAAUAAUGUGCAGAUUAUGACGAAAAUUGCCAAUCAUGCUCUCUGAUGGACCUCCUUUGAAUGUGGAAUUGGAGAAAAGUUCCCCGCACGGAGACCUGCUGUCAAGUACUAACAACCCGCUAAGGGAAGUCAUUAGGAGAGACGGAUAAGAGACUCGGUACAUAAAACAUUGUUCUUGGUGCAUAGAAUGUAUGUUAUUUAAUGUUAUCUCUGUUACCUGAAGUGAUUUCGCAGAAGAAAGCCACGUUCUUAUCAUCUCAAUUGCCAAUUUUCAUUUUGGUAACUUGGACGCCCUGGGUAGACUUUUCUCUGUUAAGUUGAUAUUCCACCAAUGUGAACAGCCUCAUUAAAUCAAGCCCAGAUAUUUCCAUAAUGCUCCCCGCAGAGCCACUUCGCUCCUCACAUAAUGAGAUUUUCUGAAGAGUUGAAGCCCUAAAAUAACUUGCUAGUGCAUGUUUAGGUCCAGCGAAGUGGGUAUGUGUGUGUGUGUGUGUAUUAAAAUGUAGUUAUGCUACCUAUAUGUG